AUGCCAGAGUCACAGGACCCCGUCGGAUUUGAUUUGGGAUUAUAUAAUCUUCCAGGAUACAUGAAUAAAGAAGAUAUGGGCAUCUUGACUACAACUCUGGAUGGGAUUGUCAACAUGCUGACUGGUAUUGAUAACAAGCUGACUGAUCUGAAAAACUACAACACCAGUGAAUUUUGUUUGAUCCGUGAUAGAUUGUCCAGAUUAGAAGUUAAAGUCGCCAACAUGCAAGAGAAAAUGAGAGGAGGAGGCUCUUACCAGAAAAAAGAAGACAAGGGAUCCGGAGAUACUAAGAAAACAAGACAGACGGACCCGUGCUUCAUCUGUAAAGAGUUAUGGCAUUGGGUCCCAGACUGCCCCAGAAAAAAACAGGAUUUGUGCUACAAGUGCGGUAAAUUUGGACAUUGGGCUAAUAAGUGCCCAGAGGAUGAUGAGGAUCAACAAUUCUUGAAAGAAGUAGAAAAAUUGGAGAAAAAGCCUCAGGAACCCAAGACCUCAGGGACACACCAGACCAAACCAUUAGUGAAAGAAGGAGAAAAAAAAGGGGGAAAAGUCUCAGGAACACAGCAGAGAGAUUCCAGCCACUCACAAGAGGAAACUACCCCCGACCGAAAAGGCACAGAAGAAGAAAAAAAAAUGCAGCUCUGCUGGCUAGCUGUAAAUGAAAACGUGACGUCAUAA